AGCGUUUAACGUUUCUUCAACAAAAACGAAAACAUCAACAAAAGAUUAUCGCAAAACAUUUGUUUUUCUGUGAAAAAUCAGUUUUUUGGUGAAUUUCCAGAUAAUAGGAUCGUUAAAAAGGAUGUCCCAACAGCCGUUGGAUUUCCUAAGAGACUACAAUGAACCGGACGAGAAGAAAGCACAAGAAGCGUGCGUUCCGGCGGAAGCGCCCUCAGCGCAACAACAAAGCUCGGAUGGAAACGAAUUGAGCCCAACCGGGAGGAAAAUCUUACGCCGCAAGAAGCGCGUCGAAGUGACCAAGCGAGAUCAACAUCGAGCCCAAGUGCAGGAACGACGGCGUCAAGCCCGGCAGGUUAUCCAGGUGGAAUGCAACUGCCACCUAUCGUGUCCCAAGAGGAUCAACCCGGAACAUCGCCAGGCACUGAACAGAAAGUACUGGGAAAUGGAUCCUACGUCGCAGCGCCAGUACGUCAAAAGCCACACGGUCCCGGGACCGGUCAAGCGACGAAGGGUGCCGGCAGAUCCACUCGGCGGCAUACCGGAUGUGAAGAAAGCAUUCUCCUAUGCGUUCUAUCUGCCGGACGAGAACGGGGAACUGAUGAUGGUCUGUUGUACCUUUUUCCUGAACACGUUGGGCUUUCGGAAGGGAUGUGGGAAUCACAUAUAUCGAGCACACACGAGAGAAAGUCUUGCGGACCAGCGCGGAAAGUACGAAAGGGACAGGUCCCUUAGAGAUGCAGUAUGGGACGAUAUUCUAUCGUAUUCGCCAAGGACAUACCACAAGGGUUCAAAAUUUAGUGCAACUGCCAUGUACUUACCGACCAAGCUUACGGCCAAAGCAAUGCAUGCGGACUUCAAAGCUAGACGAGAAGCUGCCGCUGAAAAGGGAUGCAGUGCAAGUUUCUAUUGCGCUGUUCUACGCGAAAUCGAUAUUCACUUCGUUGAUAUGGAUGAUUUUGAGAUUCCGGAGAGGAAGCCCAUUCCAGUUGUUCAACCCAAACCGCCGAGCACACCGCCACCAGAACCGAUGGCACCGACUACGUACCCUGAUGUUGCGGAAACCGUGGAAGUUGUGGAAUCAAGUCCAGUGAAAACUGAUACUUCUCAAGCGGAGUGCUCCUAUCCCUCUGUACUACAAACGUAUCAACCUGCAGAACCCGUUGCGAUGCCAUUGGUUCAUCAACCCAUAAUGAUGCACUCGUACGCAAUCGACCAGAAGCCAAUAGUGCCACAGUAUGUCCCAGGAUCGUAUCAAACUACUGCUCUUCCUUUCCAUGCAGUACAUGUGAAGCAGGAACCUAACUACGGAAUUAACGUUGAAACAGUAAGUGUAACAGACUCACACUUCUCCGAUCAUGAUCAUGGCGAAUACUCCAACAUGACAGUGGAUUACUCCGAAUCGAACUCCUACCACGAGCCACCCUACGAACCAGUCAUUCAGAUCAUCGAUAAGGUAGAACCUUCUACAGAGUUCUUUUCGCCUUUCGUGAAACCUGAACAGCAGGUCACUGUUCCCGUCAAUAAUUUGGAACCACCCAGCAAAGUUACUUCAGAAAUUCCAAAACCAAAGCCUAGGCCAGCGAAAGCGAAACUGUUGGACUUACCCAAAAUAGAAUUGGCCAUCCAGGAAGGGUAUCCACCGGUCAAAAGGACCAAGAAGUAUAUCGCACGAAUUCGCAAUCGAGUCAAGCGGCAGCAAUUGCACCCGGUGGUGGAUCAAGGAUGCAACAGUUGUCAUCUAAAUUGCAAGGACAAAAUAUCGCUCGAGCAGCAGGAAGCAAUCAACAAACGGUACUGGGUAAUGUCCUUUGCCGAGCAACGGAUGUUCAUGCUAGAGCACACCGAACGCCAUUCCAUCAAACGAAGACGAUCGAAAGUCGAACCCGGAACUGUGGUCCGCAAGGGGUACACCUAUUCGUAUCGGCUGACAGAUGACCAGGGCCAGUACCAGCAGGUGUGCUGCCAGUUUUAUCUCAAUACGCUUGGAUACGGUGCCGGCAGUGGGAAUCUCAUCUACCGGGCUCAUCAGGUCGAAUUAAGUAGAGCAAUCAGCGACAACCGCGGGAAAUUUGCCAGAGAUACAACCCUGCGUGAUACCGUUGAUGACGACAUAAUGUCCUACUUCAGUGCAGAACUGCAGGAGAGAGGCGGGCCGUUUGAUUUGUCGACCACUGAUUUGUCACCGAAAAAGAUGUAUAAUAAGUACGUAGAACGACAGGCAGCCCUCGGUGUCGAUAAACCGGGCAGUUUUGCGUUCUACUGGCGGCGCACGAGAGAAAUAAAGGUGAUAUAUGCCCCUAAACCGGAGCCAAAAAAUCCUGGACAGAAGAAACCUCGUCGUCGCCGGCCUGCUGGAAAGGCUCAGAAAAUGCUGGACACGGACGCGCUUAUGCUGCCUAUCCAAUUCUCUGGCCUGCCGCAAUAGGUACCAAACCGGUAGGAAAGCUUGCAAGCACUAUGCAAUACAUCUAUUACGUUAUGA